AUGGCGGAAGACGAGAAGACGCCCAGUGCCACCAGUGCUGGUGCUGGCACUCCAGAUGCUUCCACGCUGAGCGAGAAGCUGGUGGCGGCGCCCGAGUUGACUUCGGCUGCCGAGUGCUUGAAGGUCAGUUUGUUGCAGAAGGUGUGCGAUGUAUUGAAGAGUCGCGCAGAAUUGGAGCGAAAGUAUGGCGAAAGUUUGCUGAGUCUCGGGGAGGGCAUCGGCCCUGAAGCAGGAAAUUCCUUGCAUGGGGCGGUGGAGGCCAUGAUUGUGAACUUCCGAAAUCGUGGAGAGCAAUCCCUGGUCUUGGCUGAUGAGUUGGAGUCAGACAUCAUUGUCAGCUUUGAGUGUGUGAUAAAGCAGCACAAGGAGGUCUCAAAGCGGAUCUACUCAGAUGUCCAGCUCCUGGUGAAGCAGCUGCAGGACCGAAAAAAGGUCCAUGACAAGUGUGCUAGGAGAUACGGGUCAAGAUGUGUCGAAGCUGAGAAUGCGUCGCAGGACUGCCUGCAGGCGGUUUCCAUGAAGACACAAGAAAGGUUGAAGCUGGCGCAGCAGGCCACAAUGCUGAGCAAGCAAGCCAGAGUUGCUGAGUACGAUUACUACUCUUCCAUUGAUCAGGCGAACAAGGCGCAGUGUCUCUACGAGCAGCAGAUGGCACAUGUGCUGGAAGUUCUCCAGGAGAUGGAGGAAAAGCGCGGGCAAUGCUUGCGUGACUGCCUGCGCAAGCUGGCGGUCUACGAGACCUCAUGGUUGCGGAACAUGCAGUAUGAUCUCGAAGGUGUCGCAAAGGCAGCAGAAGACUGCGACGCGGUCAGGGAGCUGCAAAACUUCAUCGAGACAUCCAACAAAGAGGUGUCCGCGGCUCCAGCCCUGACGCGCCAUGUGGCCGUGCCGUUUCAUCAGUUGGGCAAAGGUCGUGAAGCGCGAAAGAUGACGCCAGAGUUGCAACUUCACUUGCAGGUUCAACAACAGAUCCGGCAGCUAAUGGAUGAGAUGUCGCCCUUCAUCACAUCUUUGCUGGAAGGAUCAGAGACGGAGGAAGAAGUGGAGAAAUUCUGUCAGAAGCUUUCCGAGUCCAAGUUGCGGGCGGCCUUCUGUCAGGUGGCCCGUCUGGCGGUCCUCAAAGACGAUCCACCGGGGACAGAGAUCGACGGUUCCGCGGGCAAGAAUCUGAGCCCGGGUGCCUUUGAGGCGCUGACAUGUUGCUUCAAAGUGGCUCUCGAUGCUGCAGACGAGCACAACGAUGCGUGGUCGGGACGUGACCUGAUGGUCCUGGCGCAGUUGUAUCGCACCGAGCAGGAUGGCAAGGCAGUAUCACUUCUCUCCAAGGUGUACAACCACGCGCUGUGGAACAAGGUCACCUUCUGGGAAGAUGUGCUGCUACUGUCUUUGUGCGAGGCCUAUGCUGCUGAAGCCGUGUGGCGGAGAUCCUUAGCCCCAGGCAGCCAGUUCAGCAAACCUGCCAUGACCAGCUUUUUGCAGCGUUUCGUGGGCUACAUGAUGGCCUUUGGCAUAAGCUUUGAGCAGGGGAGGAACUCAGUUGCAAGCACCUUGCGGAAGCACUCGGCUUUCCUCGGACCACAGACGGUUCAGGUCUACUCCCAGCUGCUGCUGUCUGCAUACGAGGUGGCCACCCCCGAGGGCACCAUGGGCACCGAUUCUUUGAACAUCGCGAUGUUGGAGGGGCUUCCGAGUGGCGGAAUCGCCAUGCAGCCGGCAGCGACAGAUCUGGGAGGGGACGACUUUGAGGCCGUGGCAUUUGGUGUGCAGGCGGAUUUCUCUGAGAACCCAGGCAGUCCAGGUGUUCACACACCUUCAGCCCAGGAAGCCUCUGAUGAGGAGGAUGAGAAAGGUGAAGAAACAGAAGCUUUGCGCGUCUUGGACCGGCCGCAAGGGGUGAAUGUGUUUCAACGCGGCCUUCCGGCCCAAAACAGUGGGUGGGCAACACAUGCCGAACUGCGCUACGCUGAAAAGCUGCUGACUUCGUGUGCAUCGCAGCUCCUGUCAGAGAACUUCGUGUGUCUCGACCUGCUUCUUGGAACCCCAGAAGUGACAUUGGUAGCGGAGUGGUUGACACCGUUCCAGCUGCGCACUCCAACCUUGCUUCUCUUCUACUUGGACAUUUGCAGUGCUUCUCUUCUACCUGUACUCCAGCAGUGCUUCUCUUCUACCUGGACCCUUGCAGUGCUUCACCUCUACCUGGACUUUCCUGAGUAUAACAUGGCGACAGCUGCAAGUGGUGCUGCGACGGCAUCCCUGGACCAACAGAGCACGAGGGAUAGCUACAUCCCCAUCUUCGAUGGAACUCUUGCUGGAUACAAAGAAUGGCGCAAAAGGAUCACCAUCUACGCAAAGAAGAUGGAGCUGACGAACCGCAAGAAUGAGUGCGUCUUGAACUUGCUGGGAUCUUUGCAAGGAACUGCAUGGAAGUUGGUGGAGGACUUUGACCUUGAGAAGGCAAAGGAAGAGACGGCUUUCAAAGACAUCCUGUCUUUGCUGGAUAGUGCAUUCCAGUACGACAGUAAGGUCGAGAGCGGCCAGACCUUGCUGCAGUAUAUCACUGACCAUGAUGAACGCCUUCGCCGUUUGGAAAAGCAUGGUGUGACCUUGCCUGCAGAAGUUCAAGGAUGGCACCUCUUAGCCAAGGCCAACAUCACCAAAGAGCAGAGGCAAAUGGUGAUAACACAGGCAAACAGCCUGGAACGCUCCAAAAUCCAGCAGGCCAUGUACUCCAUCCUGGGGCAGGACUACAAGCAUAGCCACUUGCCUCACAACGCAAGCAGAUGGUCUUCCUCUCGACCUUCUGGUUCUGGCAAAGGGCGUGGUUUUUACGCCGAUGAAGAUGCUGCCUACGAUGAUGAAGAUGGAUGGGGCUUCAUGGCUGAGGAUGACGACAUGGCCUACUAUGAAUACGACGAUGGCUCCUGGGACAACGAUGAGUAUGCCGACUUUGAUGCUGAUACUGCGUACUUCCAGGAGUCUUGCAAUGACCCGGCCGAAGAUAGCUAUGGCUUUGACCCUGCGGAGUAUGAUGAGUGUUUUGCGAGCUACAUGGAUGCCCGCAAACGUUUCAAUGAGCUGAGAAUGUCACGUGGCUUCUUUCCUGUGGUUGCCUACGACCCCAAUGCUGCUGGUUCCUCUAACACUGGCCAAUCACCGAUGCCACCAAAAGGCAAAGGCAAGAAAGGCAAGAGCAAGGGGCGUGGCAAGAACCUCUUCAAGUACAACAAGCCGCCGAUGAAGCUACAUGAUCCAAAGGGUCGUGUACAAGCCGCCAUUGGUCCUCAAUGUCUUCGAUGUGGAUCUUCGACCCACAAAACUGCUCAGUAUACUCAGGGAACAUCAAAGCCAACUCCGAAGACAUCACCUGCUGGUCCUAACAAACGUCAAGCUACGGAGGGUGUUAUAUCAACUUCCAUGAUGGACCCUGAGAAUGGUAUGGUGAUCUUCGAAGAUCAGGAGGGUUCUCAGAAACCCGACUGUGCAAUGAUGGACCCAGGAGCUUCAUCCUUCCUUAUGGGAUUUGGUCCGCUGUCUCGAUACAUCGACCACCUGAAGAAGCUCCAGUUUCCGGUACAUGAGAUUGUCUUCAAGAAGGCCAACAGUACUUUUCACUUUGGUGGCGACCACAAGGCAAUCAGCUCUUGGACUGUGUACCUGCCGAUCUUUGUCAACCACAAGUUUGGCUUGGUACAGGCAUUCCUGCUCCGAGGAGACUAUGAUCCAUCGAUCAUUGCCGAUGGAGCUGCCUUUGACUUGGUCCUUGAAGAUGAAGAUGGCCCCAAUUUCACCCUGGAGUACUUCCAACAUGCAGAGAAUGUUUUCAUGGCUGAUGAAACAGCACCUCUUGAAGGAUCACUUGUCCUGAAGGGCAAGCAACUGAAGUCACUGGACACGUCAGUGUUGACUCGCCUGAAAGCUGCAGAGGCCUACAUCGCCCAGACGCUCCACGACAUGGAAGAACGUAAACCCAGAAAGCUUUGGGAAGUCUACUGUGGGCAUGGACGAAUUUCUGAUGUUGCUGCAUCGUUUGGCAUGGAGACUCAGGUGUUUGGAUUUGAGAUUGGUUGGAAUUUCUCUUUGAAAUCCCAUCAGCGAGCCUUCAUGGACUUACUGGCUGAAGAACUUCCUGACGAAGUGCUGAUGUCUCCAACCUGUGCACCCUGGUCUCCCAUGCAAAAUGCAAACAUGAAGGAUGAACGUAAGUGCCAACAACUUGAACAACUGCGAGAAUGGCACCACCGACAUCGAACUCGCUUGCAUCAAUGUCAAUAUGGCUGUGUAUGUCAAGACAACGAUGGUUUGUGGCGACCUGUGCGCAAAGACACCACCAUUUUGACUUCCAAGACUGCUGUGGCACAGGCCAUGAAUUUGCUAUGUCCUGGAGAUCACCAACACUGCCGUCUUGAAGGGUACAUGAAAGGCUUCAGAACUUUGAAGACUUCCUUUAUGGAGGACUACCAACCUGCGAUGGCUGCCACAUUGGCUGCUGCUUUGGCCACACCUGAGACUCCACAUCCCUGGGACUUUGGAUUUGUAGUCCAGGAGAUCAAGGAGCAUGCUGGCAAGAUGAUCGACUUGCAUGUCGAGGGCAAAACUGAAGCCCUGCGGGUUGUCCAAAAGCUCCACCGCAACCUUGGCCAUCCUUCAACCAAGUCUCUGGUUGAGCUGCUUCAAAGCCGCAAUGCCAGUGAAGCAGUGAUCCAAGUUGCAGGUUCCUAUGUUUGCGCUGCUUGCUCACGAUACCGCAAACCCAAUCAGCCUGCACCUGCAAACCUCCCUGAUGUCGAGCGCUUCAACCAGAAGGUUCAAUCCGACAUCUUUUGGAUCAAAGAUGGCAAGGUGAAGUACCCCAUUUUGUCCAACAUCGACAUGGCCACCAAAUACCAGACAGCAACUUUGCUGCGGCAGGAAAAGACCGAUGACUUCAUCACUGGUUUUGAAAGGUCUUGGAUUGCCCACUUUGGGCCACCUGCCACUUUGGUGACCGAUGAAGGACGUGGAUGGCUGAGUGAUCAGAUGGGCGAGUGGAAUGAUGCCCAUUCAAUCUUUCAUGAAAUUGCCCCUGGAGAAGCUCACACCAGGCUGAACCUUGUUGAAAGGCGCCAUGCUGUGCUGAGGAAAAGCCUUGAGGUGUACAUGAUGGACUUGGACUUGCAUGGGCCCGAUGGACUUCGAACGGCCCUGACGUACAUCCUCCCUCAGCUCAAUGCCCAGCCUACGGUGUCUGGCUUUAGCCCUUCUCAAUGGCUUCUUGGAUUUCAGCCCUCCAUUGGCAACCUCUUGAUUUCAGACCAGAUCACUCCAGCACAUCUUUCAGGCGGUGCUUCUUUUGAACAAGCUCUUCACCGUCGAAAUGUGGCAAAAGCUGCCAUUCUUCAGGCAGACACAGAUCAAAGGUUGAGACGAGCUUUGUUGCGGCGCUAUGCCGGCGAGAACAUACCUUUGACUGUUCGCCAGACUUGCUUUUUCUGGCGUGACGCUCGUGAGAGCGAUCUGGUGAAGAUACGUUGGAAAGGUCCUGCAAAAGUUUUGAUGGUGGAAACUGAUGGUGAUGGCAAACCAUCAUGCUACUGGAUUUGCUACAAGACUCAGCUGAUUCGCUGUGCUCCACAUCAUUGCAGACCAGAUUUCCACACGUUAGCCACCAAUGCCGUUGACAACUUGCAAGAGGCAAAGGCAGUGAUUCAGCAGAUCAAAUCACGUGGUGUGACUCGCUAUCUUGAUCUCUCCAAGGUCAACAAGCAGCACAUCGAUGAUGUUGGUGAGGAUGAGGAAAUGAUCUCCAACAGCUCUGGCGGAGAACAAGUUGCAAAGCGGAGACGACUGGACUUGUUUCCUGCACCUUCAGUUUCCUACGAGCCUUCCCUUGCGGAUGAGUUUGAAGUUCCCAUUCCUCCAGAACCACAUGAUGCUGGACCUGCCAUGUUGCCUGUGACAGUCCCUCAACAUGGUGGACUACAAGAACCUGGUGAUGCAGAUCCUGAUGGAGUUAUCGAUGAACCUUCAGCUGAACAAUUUCCUCCAACUCCUAUGGCACCAUCAUCAACUCCUCGAACCUUCACUCCAACUCUACCUGAUCAACCUUCUCCACCUCUACAACCUUCACAUGAUCUACCUCCACAACAACCUGAAACUUCAGCUGCUGAAACUUUUCAACAACGAAGAGAUCGCAUGGAUCGACAAGAGAUGCUGCCAAUUCUCUUUGGUCCCAAUCGACGUCAACGAAGUCAUGAUGGGCCCUAUGUGAGACCAGACAAUGCCGACGACCUGACAAAUGUGGCUUUUCAGGUCGAAGAUAUCAGCGAUGAUGGAUUUCCUGCUGAUUGGCAUUUCAAGGCCGAAACUGGUUUCUUUGAAUUGCGGCCUGGGACCACCAAUAGAGAUUUCUGGGAGAUCAAAGCUGGCUGCCUGCUGCGACAUCAUGUUCAACCACGAAAGACUUUGUUUGAUCCCCAUGGUUUCGCUGACAUUCCCAUCCCUGUUGAGAACCUGGAUAGCACCCGCAUCAUUGUCCAUCGCACACUUGAUGGCCAGAUCAACUCGUUUUCUGAUGAUUUUCGAGGGUACCAGCACUUUGCCAAGGAUUUGAGGAAAGAGCUUGGAAUGUCCGCGUUGGAUCAACGCAGCAGUACAAAGAAAGUUGCCCAGGACACCAAAGUGCAGCGGAAGAGAACUUUCCGCCGUGACUAUGCCAAGGCCAAAGGCGAGGUUUCUGAGAAGAACCUGAUCCAGGCGGAAAAGGAGCUCUUUUACCAUGCAAAGAUGAAAGAGUUGAAAAGCUUUUUCGAAUGUGGAGUGUGGGAAUUUGCGACCACCUCAGACUCCAUUCCUGAAAGGACUCUGACCAGCCGUAUGCUUUUGAAAUGGUCGAAGAAUGCUGAUGGCACACCUCGUGCUAAGGCGAGGCUGGUCGUGAGAGGUUUCAAUGAUGUUGAUGCUUUGAAUGGUGAGCUGCCCACUGCCAGUCCAACCACCAGCCGACUUAGCAGAUCGCUGCUGUUGUCAAUCUCAAGACUUCCUCAAGAGCGAUCGCUGUGGCUGAAAUUGCCUGCGCAGGCAUUGGAGAUUCUGGGCGCCAGCCCUGACACCAGGAUGUUUUUGAAGAAGCCAGUUUAUGGGCAGAUCGACGCUCCAAAACGAUGGUACUUGGAAGCUCUGAGACGUUUGGAAUCCCUCAACUGGAAGCGACACCAGUUGGACCCAUGUUGCUUCAUGCUUUACGAUGAGAACGUUUUUGAGGGCGACUUCCUAAAACUGGUUGGUAUUCUCAUCCUCCAUGUGGAUGACAUGUUGGCUGCUGGCGAUGAAUCUUCUGCCACCUAUGUUGAAGCUGAACACAAACUGAAAGAAGUUUUCAACUUCAGAACCUGGCAGGACGACAAGCAGGUGCUGGAAUACUGUGGUGUGCAGCUCGAAAGAAAAGAUCAUGCCUGGGCGAUCCACCAAGAAAGCUACUGGCACAAGGUCAAACCAGUGACCAUUCACAAGGGCCGCUCUGCAGAAGAUGAGAUGAAUGAACAUGACAAGACCCAGCUUCGUGCCUUGCUUGGGUCGCUGCAGUGGCCUGCCGUUCAAACUGCUCCACAUGUGCAGUGCAGUGCUAGCCUCAUUAGUGGCAUGCAGAAAACAAACAAGUUGAGAGCCAUAAUUGAGGCCAACCAGCUGCUCAAGUUCGCCAAGCAGAACCUUGAUCUGCGCUUGCGCUAUGUGCCCCUGAAGAUCAACAGCCUGAGUGACCUGCGCCUUUGCAUCAUGUUCGAUGCAGCCCAUGGCGUGCGAGAGGACCAUACCUCUCAAGGGGGAUACCUGGCCUUCCUGACCACUGAUGAGAUUUUUCAAACUGAAACUGAUUACCAUGUGCUCGAAUGGAGGAGUUUCAAGCUCCCACGGGUAGCCCGCAGCAGUCUCAGUGCAGAGGCUCAAGCGUGUGACCAGUCAGCAGACAUUGCCGAGUAUAUCGCUCGCUUUUGGUCUUGCUUGCGACGGCCAACUGAGAAGCUGCGCGACUGCAUGGAUGAGGUUUCCACUUUGAAACCAUGCCUCAUCACAGAUGCAAAGGCCCUGUACGACUCCUACCACAAGGAGAGUUUGGCUGGAUCAUCGUCUGUGGACAAGCGCACUGGCCUUGAGAUCAGAGUUGCCCGUGAACAAGUUUCCUCUCUGGGUGGAAGUUUGCGAUGGGUCAGCAGUGAACGCCAAUAUGCUGACUCACUCACCAAGAUGAGCUCUCGAUCCUUGCUGGCCGAGCGCAUCAGGUUCCACAAGAUGAAAUUGGUUUGGGACUCUCAGUAUGUCAGUUCAAAGAAGAAGACUGCGGAAGAGCGAGAAGCCAGUAGAAAUGAGUUUGCAAUACCGAAGGAGAAGAAAAGUGAUUUACAACCAACUACGCUUUCAACCUCAACAACCCAAUCAACACCUACAACUGAAACACCACUCAACACCAACAUGUUUGAAGAGUGCGACGCUGAAAAGUAUGAGCAGGAGCUUGACGAGCCCUAUGAGCCUGUGGAGGCCUAUGCUGGUGUCCCUGCGAAUGUCAAGAUGAUUGUGUAUGCCCUUACGUGCUACACUGCGCUACCAGCUGCUGCCGCCUUGCAUGAGCCAUUGGACCAUGAACAUGGACGAUGGGGAAUUUGGAUUUUUCUGACCAUUUUGGUCAUGCUGCUCUUUUGUUUGGCCUACGCUUUUGGCUACAGACGUGGCCUGCGAGCCCAACGUGCCCGUCAAGCAAUCACCCUGGAUGAUGCAUAUGCCAGGUUGGAUAGGCUGCAAGAUCGAAAUGAUCGACAUGAUGAAGAACUCAACAGCUGCGCGUGCUUCUUUUGGAUGAGACUCAACGAUAUCGUUUGCAGCUGCUGGAAGUUGGACAUGAGCGUGACUUGCUCUUAG